CUGCGGUCCUAUACUAUGGCAGCCUCCAUGUGCCACGUUGAAAUAUCGUGAUAAAAGUUAAGACUUUAUUCUCUAUUUGAAGGUGCUAUACAGUCCGAAUUUUGAUCCAGCUAGUUCAAAAGAUAAGCAAGUAUGUCAGAAUCAAGAACACCAGCGGAGUCCGUGAAGGAGAUGGGUUCUGAAGAGAUUACGAAGCAGUCCAUUCGCAAAGCAGUCUGGGAUUACCUGGAGCAUAACAACCUGGUGAAUUUCCCACGUCCAGUUUACAACAGGAUUCCUAACUUCAAGGGAGCUGCUAAUGCCGCUGAGAAGGUGCCAACCAUGGACGAAUUCAAAUCAGCGAAUGUCGUGAAAGUGAACCCCGAUAAACCUCAGGAAAAUGUGCGCUUCCUGACUCUGGAGGCAAACAAGACCCUGCUAGUGCCAACCCCACGUCUGAGGACUGGCCUCUUCAACAAGAUCGUGGUCCCAGAGGACGCUGGCAAGGACAUGCUGAGGAUCUGUUCCACAACUCAGGGAGUGAGGGAACACAGCGAGCCGAUUGGUCUGGACGACAAAAUCAAGGUUGACCUCAUCAUCAUUGGAUCAGUGGCUGUGUCCAAGGAUGGUUACCGUAUUGGUAAGGGGGAGGGUUUUGGAGACUUGGAGUAUGCCAUGAUGAAAAGCAUGGGUGCCAUUGACGACAGCACUAUUGUCAUCUCGACAGUCCAUGACUGUCAGGUACUCGACAUCCCCGAGUCGCUGAUGACCCCCCACGAUGUUCAGGUUAACUACAUAGUCACGCCAACUGAGAUUAUCAAGUGUGACUGCAAGCGUUCGCAGCCAAAGGGGAUCAUCUGGUCUUACCUUACUCCCAAGAAGAUGCGCCAAGUUGCAAUCCUGAAGCGCUUGCGUGUGUUGGAGCGCGAGGCAGGCAUUGAUGUGACACUGAAGGAUGGAGAGGAGUUUGAUGAGACAGCCGAUGAUGGAGAGGACGAAAAAGAGGGAGAGAAUGACCGCUACCGUCGCAGACGUCCACCAUUUAAUCGAAGGCGUCGUGCCCCGGGAGGAAGAGGACGUCGUAGGCCCAACAAUGAGCGAGAUGGAGAAUCGGCCAAUGAGGAGCGUGGUGAGUCGUCCGGCAAUGAGGCUACCCAUGCUGAAGGUGAUCAAGGACAGGAGGGUCGCAAUCAGCGCAGGAGACGUCCACGACCCCCACGUAGGAGGAGGAGGGCAUCUGAUCGCCGCGACGAGGGUGAGGAGAACUCGGAGCAGAAUGCUGAUGACUAUUCACCGAGGGAAGGUGAUGGGGAUAGAGAAAUGCCAGAAAAGCGCCGGGGAAAGGGAGGAGAGCGUCGUGAGGGAGGAGAGCGUCGUGAGGGAGGUGAGCGUCGUGCCCCGCGCAGAAUGAGAAACAACCCUCGCACCAGGAUGCCUACGAUCUUUGUUGGAAGUAUACCGCGCGCAACUCGCGUCAGUGAACUGAAAACAAAGAUUCGUGAAAUGAAUAUCUUUCCAAUUCGUGUUAUAUGGCACGGGGCACGCGGAUAUGCAUUCUUUCAAUUCACCAAACAGGAUGAAAUGGAAACGGCCUUAGACUCUCUCAAAGAAUUUGAAAUCAAUGGCAAGCCGCUAAGAAUCGAGGAAUCCAAACCGCUGACAAAUCGGUCAAAUUCGUCUGGCGACCGGGGAGAGGAAGGAGACCAUGAUGUCGUAGAUGGCAUGCAGCGGAUGGCCAUUAAGAGCGAUGAUUGAGGCGAUACUGGAUACAGGUGGUUGGGAUGCGUGUUGCACUUCUGUGCUGUGCCCACAUAGUGCUAAGGUAUAUAUUUACUGUUAUUUAAAAUCAGCAUCAGUAACCAACGACUCCAGUCUCAGUGGCGGGGCCUAUAGACUCGCAGCAAAUAAUCCUGAUGAUCGUUCAUGUUCGUGGUUUUAAUAAAAGAUGGCAUGAGAAGAACUGCAGACUUUGUUAAAGAAAUAAUCAUUAUCACUUACCCUCUGUAGUGAGUGUCAUUGUUCCAAUUAUAUGCAGUCAUGGAAGGAUGCCACACUGUCGUGUUUUGUUUGAAAUGGAAUGAGAAAUCUAUCAACGUUAUAGAAUUGAUUUUUGUCCAGUUAAUUUCAUGGUGAGUGGGAGUUUCUCCGAUAACCUUAAUCCAAAACCAGUGAUUUAAGACUGUUUAAUUGACUGAAAAAUGUGCUAGUCCCCGAGGGCAAUCAAGCGAUCCUUUGAUGUGGAGGACUGGACACACAUUCGAUUAUUCACUUUUGAUGGCAUAAUCAUAACUUAGAAAUUCUGUUGCUGGAGGACAAGUUCAUUGUUAACGUCACAAAGAAAGUAUUCUUGAUUUUGAUUAAAAUCAUAUUCAUUGAAAUGUUUGACACAAAAUAUUUUUAUUUCUCAUGUUUGUUUCGCGUGGGUUUGUGUCUCACCAUAAGAUCUCCCUUUAGUUUAAGAGACAGUUUCUCGUUGAUUGCAUAUUUGGCAAACUGGUUUUGAUUGGUUGAACCCUUUGACCUUGAUUUGUAAAUGCAAUAUGAUUGGUUGGUUGACUAAACAGCUGUUUCCUUGUUAGAUUGAUUCUGUAAAAUGUAAAUGAAAACCCAUGAUAUGUGAUGUAAAACCUGAGAACCAUCUUCAGCAUUUUAUUAGGCGUGUUGUGCCAAUGUCCAUGAAAUACCGUAGUUUUUUUAUUCGAUCAUUUUAUUUGUACAUAAUUCAGAAUCUGUGAACAAAGGAGGCAGAAUUGUAUUGUAUGAAUAACACAUCCAACAGUUUAAUAAUAAUAAUAUUUCAAUGGGCUUUCCAUAUGAAGAGAUAAAACUUGUAUAGAAAUAAGUUUGCUUUUUUAAUUUGUGGUAAAGGGAGGGGUUAAAAACUUUGUAAGCACUCUUUCACUUCACUUAGGCAAGGUGUUGUAACAGCAGAGUGACCCAAAUAUCAUGAUUAAGACGUUUAGACAGUGAUGUAUAUAUCUGAAAUCAACUUUAAUACUUAUAGCAUUACUGGGGGGAAAGCGGAAACAGUUGUUAAGGGUCAUAAGGGUUUUAACCACCAAAGGAUAUACGAUUGUAUAUGCAUCAUUACCAUCAUGUAUUGUUUUAUUAUUUUUUAGAAUGGGUGUUUUUAAAAAAAAAUUGGAUUGAAAAGGAAUUUCUAUCUGACAGCUUUUAUACCCAUUACUGUUAUGCUUAUUUGUCAAUGUGUAUAUAGAUUAUACACAAACUUGUUCAAGGUUGGACACAUACAGUUAUUUAUGAAUUCAGUGCAAUUUCAUAAUUUUCUGAAGUAUUGACAUUUUGCAAUUUUGAUUUCACAUCAAUUGAAAACAGACCCAUACAUGAGGCUAUUAUAAGCAAAAGUUUUUACAUAUCAUCGUUAACAUUUAAAACUUAGAAUUAGUAUGGCGUGAACAUUUUAAGGUGGUAUGCUACCUUCUCGGAAAUGCAUCCCCUUUCAUAAAAUUUCCAAAAAUAAAUAAAAAAACUGUCAAAUAUCUUUUAUGAUUCAUGUUUUUGGUUACGGAAAAGUUAAUUAAUUUAUGAAACUUUUGAUUGUUAAGCAAGAAUGUCUGAUUUGGAAAAAUAUCCCAAGGGAGAUAACUCUAACAUAGAUUGCAGAUAAAAUGUCAGUUGGAAUUUUGUAUCUGCGACCCAUAUGCUUUCAUCCUGAUAUACUGUCUGUUUUCAGAAAUCACAGAAAUCCUCAAAAGUUAUUCUUCUUUGAGUUUAAACAUUCUUGCAGCAGCUAGCAUCAUCUGCCAAAGAAAUGGAUAAAAAACCUAUGCAAUUUUGAUCCAAACAAGUGCCAGUUAUUUUCAGUAUUUAGCAAAAAUUGUUGGUAAAAGUCGAAUUCAUUAACCUUACAAAGAGGAAAUGUUGAAAAAUUAAGUGUAUUUGAUGAUUUGGUCACAGGGUUGGAAGCUUAAGUCUGUCUACCAGAUAACCAGGUAACAUCUAGGUCUACGGGGGGAAAACAGGUAACUUUUAAAAUACAUGUAAGAACAGGUUUAUCAAAGAUGGGUUUCUGUUGAUUUUAAGUUUUUUUAAAACAAUCUGUUUCUUGUAUUCCUUGGAUUAAAAGAUCAUAAACAAAAUAGAGAUAGUACAGUAUACAGUAGUUUAAUUACAUUUUGAUAAAUUUCUCAUGGGUAGUGGCUGUACCAUCGGUAUAUAAGUACGCAUGACCACAGGACAUAUCUAGUUCAAUACAAAUAGAGUAGUAUUUGUAUUUGUGUAAGUACAAUGUACAGUAAAAUCAAGAACAGCUAUAGGUGAAUUUUCAAAUUGGUCUUAUAAAUGGUGACUGGUGAAAUGUGCUCCACUAAAUGUAAACUUCACUGGUAGCUCUUUUUGAAUGCAAGCAAAAUCAUUCAUUCAUUCAGAGUUUUUAAACUCAAUUUCACUGGUGACAUUUACAGAAAGUUCCUCAAUUGUUUUUUCUAUCGGAAAUAUAACAGUUAGAAUCUUCCCACACUCUGCCAAAAAUCAGCUGGAACCCAUUUUUUAAUCUUGAUUUUUUGGAUACCGGUAUUUAGAAUUCAAACAAAAAAAAAUGUAAUUUAGACAGUUUAUAACUUCCUCAAUAAUAAUUCCAACCCUGUUUAAAUGUAAUGGAAAUGAAUGUUGAUUGAUUUGUAUUGUGUGAUAUAUAUCUACUGAUUUAAGGAAAAGUUAUUUGGAAAUUCAAUUCCCUUCAAAAAAAAGUUAUGAAAUUCUAUGAGGUUGUGACUCGAGAAAGCAUGACUGCAAUAUGAUAGUUUAUAGAUAUAGUUUUUUAUUAAUCAAUAAUGAUUUAAUAAUAAAACAAUGCAUUGUCAUUAUUGAA